AGAGGGGGAACGGAGAAAGCCAGGGGGGACGUCUGAAGGAGUCUGAGGGAACCGGUGGGCAGCAGAGUGAGAGAGAGAGAGAGACUUGAGACAACAGGAGGACAGGAAACACGGGUUUAAAAAUACUCCCUCUGUUGCUACAAAUAGACUCGACUUUGGAAAAGUUAAUCAGCAGCCGAGAUUUUGGUGCGCCUUCUGCCGGGCGCUUUUGUGCUCACUAAAAGAGUCUGGUGGACUGUGCCGCGCACUGGGAUCAACCAAAACACAACUGCUCAAGGGGCAAAGCAACAAGACUUCAGAGCAGCACACAGACUGUCUCCUAAAAAACGGAACUGAAACGACGGGAUCCGGUUUAUUUCGUCCCCAUCUGCUGAUCUGGUGCACAUUUUCAGCAUCUGCCGGAGUCACAGCAAAACUUUUUCAGCGCACAGCUUCGGAUCUUUGGUCUGCUGAGAUGCGGUGAUGGAGUCCGCUCUGCUUAUGAGGCACAUUUCCAGAGGUGGUCUCCUGUCAAGAAAAGCCAUGAGCUGGACUAAAUGCUCCUUUUUGAUCGCCUCGGUCGUCUUGUCUGCUUGGAGGCCAGUAACCGCGGGCAUACUGACAGAUUUGGAGUUCGUGCAGAGUCCCACUACUGUCGUCUCUUCGCUGGGCAAACCUGUGAGGAUGCACUGCACGCUGAAGGGCACCGGGGGCGAGGAAGAGGAGCCUCCUGACGUGCUCUGGCUGAGAGACGGCGCCCUGCUCCAGUACGCAGACACCAACCAGUUCCAAGUCCACACUGGCAGCAACAGCUGGACGGUCAUUAGCACACUCAGUAUUGAGAAGGUCCAGCUGCCCGACAUGGGCUCCUAUCGAUGUGCUGUUCUAUCAGAAAGCCACCAGACGUACUCUGAGGUGGGGAACAUCCAGCUGGAGGGUCUUCCUCAUUUCUCUGUGGAGCCCCAGCACAUGUCUGUAGUGGCCAACGUAUCCCUGAGCCUGAGCUGCGUGGCCCACGGACCUCCAGAGCCGGUCAGGGUCAUCUGGCUGCAGGACGGAGCUCCCCUUAACGCCCUGACAGACCUGGUGGCCCUGUCACCCUCCACACUCAACCUCACAGGUUUGAACAGGACCAGCACCUUUUCCUGUGAGGCCCAUAACCACAAAGGUGUGGCCACCUCUGGUUCCGGCACCAUCACAGUUCUUCCCUCCCAGCCUCGGAACGUGACGGCUGUCGAGAUCACUCAGACCAGCCUGCGUCUGUCGUGGUUGCCCGGUUUUGGAGGCGACUACUCGAUAAUCCGCUGCUCCGUCCAGGCCAAACAUCUGGAUGAGUCCUUCACAGCAGGCCCCGAUAAGAUGAUCCACAACCAGAACGUGCACAUCCCGCCGGCCACACACCUCAUCGAGGACCUGGAGCCCCACAGCCUCUACGCUGUCAGGGUGGCCUGUCACAGCAGCCAGGGGCCAUCUGACUGGUCGCCCUGGGUGGAGCUGCGCACCAAAGAAGGAGUGCCAACAGACCCUCCGGGAAAUGUGACCACCGUGCUGAAUGGGACGGAGGUGCUGAUGACGUGGGAGGGGCCUCCAGGAAAGCUAAAUGGAGAACUGCAGGGCUACCUGGUGGAGUACAGCACGCCCGGCUCGCAGCAGCUUGUUGUGGAUACUGGAUUGGACACUGAGCUGUCAAUCAAUCUGUCCCUCCCCCUGUCCAACGUGUCUUUUCGAGUGUGUGCCUACACGGGGGCUGGACAAGGACCCUGGACCCCCACGCAGACUCUGAUCCUUAUUACUCCCGAGAUGGAGGAAUUUAGAGGUCCGUCGUCGCCGCCGGCGUUUUCCUGGCACUGGUGGUACGUGGUGAUGACCAUCGCCGGCGCCGUGUCCAUAGCUGUGCUCAUGGCUGUUUACGUGGCCAAGCUGCGGCGCAAGGAGACGCGCUUCGGAGAGGCGUUUGAACCCAUGAUGGAGAGCGGAGAGCUGGUGGUCAGGUACCGCGCUCGCCGCACCUACAGCCGCAGGACUACAGAAGCAACGCUGAACAGCCUGGGCAUCAGCGACGAGCUGAAGCAGAAGCUCCAAGACGUCAUGGUGGACAGACAUAAGCUAACCCUGGGAAAGACCCUGGGAGAAGGGGAGUUCGGCUCUGUGAUGGAAGGGCUGCUGACUCAGGAGGAGUCAGUUCUCAAAGUUGCUGUCAAGACCAUGAAGAUCGCCAUCUGCACCCGCACGGAGAUGGAGGACUUCCUUCGCGAGGCUGCGUGCAUGAAAGAGUUUGACCACGCCAACGUCAUGAGGCUUCUGGGUGUGUGUCUGCAGACUGUAGAGAGUGAAGGUUACCCCUCCCCCGUGGUCAUCCUGCCCUACAUGAAACAUGGAGACCUGCACAGCUAUCUGCUGUACUCGAGGCUGGGAGACUGUCCUGUGUACCUCCCGUCUCAGAUGCUGGUAAAGUUUAUGACCGACAUCGCCCGAGGGAUGGAGUACCUCAGCGGCAAGAACUUCAUCCACAGGGACCUCGCUGCUCGCAACUGCAUGCUGAAUGAGAACAUGAACGUGUGUGUGGCCGACUUUGGCCUCUCCAAGAAGAUCUACAACGGAGACUACUACAGGCAGGGGCGCAUCUCAAAGAUGCCGGUCAAAUGGAUCGCCAUCGAAAGCUUGGCUGAUCGUGUCUACACCACCAAGAGUGACGUGUGGUCGUUCGGGGUCACCAUGUGGGAGAUCGCCACGCGGGGCCAGACUCCCUACCCUGGGGUCGAAAACAGCGAGAUUUAUGAUUACUUGAGACAAGGAAACCGUCUCAAACAGCCUCCAGACUGUCUGGACUGCAUCUACUCCCUGAUGUUCUCCUGCUGGCUCCUGAGCCCAAAGGAUCGCCCAUCAUUUGAGUCCCUGCGCUGCGAGCUUGAAAAGGCCCUUGAGGAUCUGCCGGACCCCCAGGACCCGGACGAGAUCUUGUACGUCAACAUGGACGAGUCUCCCAUGGAGCUCGGUGCCGUCGGUGGUCGUGACCCCACCGGGGGCCCGUCCCCUCUGUGCCUGAAGGGCCUGGACUCUGUGACCACAGUGGAGGUCCACCAUCCCAACCCCAACCGCUACGUCAUCUGUCCCCAGCACGAGACCAACCGAGCCCUCUCCGACUCGCUGGAGAGCCUGGACAUGCCGGUGUCGUCCUCCACGGCCACGCUGCCUCUACAGCCAUCCUACCACUCCACUCCCAACCGCACCCCAGCUCCCACCCCAACUGUGGAGCUGCUGGAGGACAGGGACGGGUCCAGGAAAAUGCCCUGGCAGUGAUGGCUUCAUGCUUAUCAAUUGACUCGUCACUGCCAAAGUGUGCCAUCCUUUCACGCCAGUCCAACACAAGAUCUUGCUGCUGACUGUAAGAAGCCUAAUGUGCCCCCGCAUACAGAUUUUGCACAAAUGAACUCAUAUACACACACAGCCGAAGGCAUUCCAAGGAAGUGAAGGAUUAUUUCCUUCGUCAAACCCCUCUCUUCUAAAAUGAGCACAUUUCACAGUGGGUGUAGAAGUUGAUGUAGCAGUAGAACCGCGGUUACAGGACCACAGACAGCACGGGAACAAGCUUUGAGCUCGCGCUGUCGCCCACAUACGCUGCAGCACAAUCAGAGAAAUGAAGUCCCGGCCACAGAAGCAAUAAAAUACCGACUACCUGUACACAGCAGAGUGAUCUCCUUCACUUGACUAAGCUACAAAAAAAGUUUUUAAAAAUCAAACGUCUCUGUGAAACCAACUCAGACACUGCCAGACUGAAUCUACAACCAAACAAACUCAGGAGCUUGAACUUUUCAGUGAGUAGGCGCUAGCAUGGAGGACUCACACCAACCGAGGGAGGAACCCGAGGAUCGGUGGGAGGGACAGGAAGGAGCGACGGUGUCUCUUUCACUGAGGGCGUCAUCUGCUGAAGACAAGUGGCUGGCUUAAGGUCGUACUGGUAGAGGUUUGUAAGGACAAUAAGAGGCUUUCUGGGCUGAAAUCGCCAACGUUGUUGUCUUCUUUGAGCUGUGGUUUUUGGCGCAGCAUCAAGGUUGGUAGAGUUUUCUCUCCCCUCAGAAGUAAUAGCUGAAGUCAGAGGACUUUCCCCAGUAGCAGUAGAGUUAAAAAUCAGUUUUAAGAAGCAGGUAAUAACAACUGAAGAAUUAAACGGGGUAACCAAAAUCUGAAAGGAAAAUAAGAUUCCACUGCAGCCUUACAGACUUUGGCGUGAAGCUGAGGAGCCUCCACGGUGUUAAUGAAAACCUACAGUAGUUUUAUGAUAGCCUAAUGUAGCUUAAUAACAACCCCGUGAGCCCCUCACAGCUCUGUCCAGGUGAGACACCUGAGCAAGUCCCGAUUCAGCUCGUCAAACCUCAGGAAGCUGAGACUCUGUGCUCUACGGGGACAGGGGAACUGGUCACAUCACAAAGGUACAAAUAAUCAGAGGCAGGCGGACGGAGGGUAAGGUACGGACAUGAUGGAGGCAAAUGGCGGGACGAGAUCCUCGCCUUUGCUCCUGGCUCAAGCACAGUGUUAUUUCACGUUUUGUAAUUGUUUUGUUUUGUUUUUAUACGUGCUGAUUUUUGUAUUUCUACGACUUUGCACUAAUGUUUUUAUAUUGAUGUAUGUUUGUUUAUAAUUUGCAUCAGUUCAUGUGUAACAGCGUGUGUUUUCAUGGCGAGGCAGAGAGCAAAGCGCUGCAGGGCGCUGGACUCCAUUGGAAAGGAGGGGGUUUUUCUGUAAAUGAAGAGAAACUCGGGAAACCGGGAAACUUGACUAACCUCGUCAUCCUGCCGCGCUUUUGUCCAUGACAUACCUUUUGUUUCUCGAGUUUAUAGUCUGUUACCAGCAGCAGAAAACCCGAGUCCAAACCUCUGCUUCGAGGAAAUUCACCAGCUGCAACUCCACAUCGUGCAUGCACUUAUUUUUAUAUGCUGUAAAUAUCCUUUUGCUUUAGCUCACACGUUGUGUCACGUUUUGGGAGGGUGACUUUUGUUUAAAUAAGGCGCAGUGGUUCUCAGUUGUACACAUGAAAGGUACGUAUAUAUGAAGCAUUAUACAGUGAUAGCUUAAAAUGUACAUUUAUUGCAGUACUUUUGGAGUUUGAAGGCAGACACAACUCUUGUUUUGUACCAGUAUAUCUCUUUUCGGUCUUUAAAAGUGUGAUCAGCUGACACUCCUUCGUCAUGACUGCGGUCACUUCAGGCUUGAAUCUUCCUUCACAACUUUGCCAUCAGUGCCUUCACGGAGCCAGUGUUUGUGUGCUGAUCCUCAUACAACAGAUGUGUGUGUGUGCGUGUGUGUGUGUGUGUGUGCGGAUUGUGAUUCUCACUGUGUGUCCAACUGGGAUAAGACCGUAUCAUAAUUGCCUUCAUACUGUCAUGAUUUGUAAACGUUUUUUUAUACAGUACCUACAGUGUUUUGUAUAAGAAAUAAACGUGUUCAUCUUGA